UAAAAAUUUCAAAAUUAUAGUCGUUGGUAAAAUAAUGAUUUAUAUCAUUGUCCGUUCUUUGUUUUUUUACUCGAAAACUUGAUGUUAAAUCGCGCACAAAAUUGAGGCCUUUUGUCAAAUCAUACGGCAUGUCGAGUAAAUGCAAUUGUUCCAUAUAGAAUACUUGAUUGUAAAUCAAGGCAAGAAUUUUGCCGGCCUUGGACCGCAUUGUCUGCGAAAUCAGUUUCUGCUAAUAACAACAUUACUGAUAAUUGUGAGACAAUUAACGAGAGCGAUGCGGUAUCUCGGACACCAAAGCAACAAGAUCGAUUGAUAGCACAUUGAGAAAAUUUGGAGCAAACUCGGCUGAAAGUUCCUUGCAAAAAACAGCAAAGGGAUUUAUCGCAGAAUGCCACACAAUUAAAAGUUUAGAUCGCAGCAAAGGAAUGAGUAGCUCGCAGAAUCAAUUAAGUGUACGGAGAAGUUUGCAAGAUCACGGCUGCUGUGGAGGAUCAACGCCUGGACCGAAUGAAUCAUGUGCGUUUAGUUCAGACGCUCAGAACUGCGCCGUGCGUUGCUGUUAUCAUUGCCCUCAAAUCUGCAAGAAAGCGGCUAGAUGCGAUGCGCCUUCGUGCGCGAUAGAUGUCCAAAGUUGCGGUGGAUGUCGCGGCAGGAAACCCGGUCAGAUCUGCACGGCGCCACCGAGAACCUACAAUUCGCCAGCACAUUCCUCGCGCGGAAGAUCGCCUUGCGCGCCACGCUGUCCCCUGCCAUCGUCUUGUCCCGCUAGCAGUUGCGGAAGCUGUUGCAGUGGAAUCUACGAGUGUGGAAGGUCGCGCAGUCCGAGAUGUCAGUCCACCGUUAGCAGCGGAUACUGCAUCAACAAUGGAACAAAGUGCGGCACCGAUGGAGCCUGCUGUCGGCUGAGAUUGCUAUGCGAGUGCCUCGGUGGCGGACUCGAUUGUCGGCGAUGCGGAAGAAAGGUCUACCAGGCUGAGAUGCAGAUCGCUUCCGGAGUGCCCUACCACAGCAUUUGCUUCAGUUGCUUUUGUUGCCGAAAGCCGCUGGAACCGCUGACUUAUCAGGAGAACUGCGGCGAGAUUUAUUGCAAACAAUGUUACGUACGUAAUUUUGGACCGCAAGGAUACGGUUAUGGCGCGGGAGCCGGCGUGCUGCAGACUCCCCUGUGAACUCGUCGAUUGCCUAAUAUCGGCCGCAUGUCCGAUGAUAAAUCGUGAAAGCAUUCAAGUACAGUUAUACAACGUCCCUUUAUGCGCUGGCGCAUUUCUUUAUGAGAGUUAUAAAGUCAUGCGUAAAAGA